AGUGACAAAUACCUGCGAGAGUCCCAUGUCUUCUCUCUUUAAGUCUCUACCAAACUGCGAGUUUGAGAUCGAAGCCGAGCAACAAAAAUGGACGUCACACCCAAGCCCGGAGUUCCCUGCCGCGGGAUGACCGACACGUGGCUAAAGAAACACACUUUGAUCUACACCGGAGCAACCCGACACCCUUUUAUCCUCGCCAUUCGCGACGGCACCGUCGACAUCUCCGCCUUCAAACGGUGGCUGAGCCAGGACUACAUAUUUGUGAGAGCUUUUGUGCCGUUUGUGGCGAGUUUGGUGGUGAAAGCUUGGAAGAAGUCUGAUGAUAGUCAUGGUGAUGUGGAAGUGAUACUGAGUGGGCUUGCUUCUUUGAACGAUGAGAUUGACUGGUUCAAGAAACAAGCCUCCAAAUGGGGUGUUGAUCUCUCUGUUGUUGCUCCUCAAAAGCCUACCCAGGAUUACUGCAGAUUUCUGGAGAAUUUGACUAGUCCUGAGGUUGAUUACACAGUGGGCAUGAUGGCCUAUUGGGCCAUUGAAACUGUGUACCAAGAUAGCUUUGCCCAUUGCCUGGGGGAGGGCUCCAAAACCCCACCCGAACUAGAAGAGGUUUGUCAAAGAUGGGGCAAUGGUGGCUUUGGUAACUACUGUUCUGCUCUCCAAAGCAUUGCUGACUGGUGUUUGUUGAAGGCCACAGAUGAUGAGGUGAGUAAAGCUGAAGUGACAUUCCUGCGUGUUCUUGAAUAUGAGGUUGAGUUCUGGAACAUGAGCCGUGGGAUUCCCGGGUACUAGGUUGUGAGGUUGAAAUUGCCACUCUCCUUGUAAAUAGUUGUAAGGUGCAGUCAGUUGGAUAGAACAAAGUGCUGUAUCAUGUGCAAGCUACACCUUCGGACAAGCAAACUAAUGUUACUAGUGCAUUGAAACUAGUAUGUGUAUCAAACUGAUCUUGCAGUGAUUACUAAUUAGUAAUCAUAUGGCUGUAUGAUGUCUUUGAGUUCUA